GUCUACCAAGAACGAACAUUACGUCGUCUUAAAGCUGAAAAUCCUGCUUUUCUGGCUGCUGUUUCGCGUAUGGAAGCUGACAAACAAUGCCAAGGACUUGACAUGCGCUCAUUCCUUAUGUUACCCAUGCAACGCGUUACCAGGUACCCUCUUUUGGUCUAUGCUAUUUUGGAUCGACUAAAAAGGGGAUGCGAAGAGUACGAGGUCGCCACGAAAGCUCUACAUGCUGCCAAUAGGGUCGUAGGAGAAUGUAAUGAAGGAGCUAGAAGAAUGGAAAGGACUGAGCAGUUGCUAGAAGUUGACAGACGACUCGUUUAUAAGGAUCCGGACUUGAAGUACGUUAUUACAGUCAUCAUAUGA